AUGCUUUCCCAUCUUCGAUUUCAUCGACGGGGCCAGUCCAAUCCCACCUCGCCGAACCCCGAACAACCCUCUUCCGCCGCCUCUGCUCCCUGGGAUCCCUCGCUUCCCCAGCAGUCUCCCUUCAUUCAAGAUGCCGUCUUAACCCCAGACUCCCGAUCGCCGUCAGCGACCACGAACUCCUCCCUCCCUCCUACUCUCCCGCCCAUUACUCGGGUCACCUCGUCCGGCUCCGAGUCGCCUCAUGACCGACCGAUUGUCGACAGGAAACCACCGACACAGGAGUCAUAUUCCCAGAAGCAACAACCGCCGCCACCGCCGCCUGUGCGCUCUCCAAAGACCUCUCAAUCUGGCUUUGUCGGCGGUGUCGCCUUGCGCAAGCAGCUGGACCAGAGACAGCUGCUGCAAUUGCAAAAGUUACAGCAACAGCAACAACAGCACGAGCAACAACUACAGCAAAUGGCCGCCCAAUCUCCGGAUUUGGCUGGCAAUGCUGCCGCCGCCGACCAUGGUAGUCACGAAAGCCAAUUCCCAAGGUCGAAGCCCGCGCCGCCCCCGCCGAUAAAUACUGCCCCUCCGACUAGACCCCCACCGCAGCCCACGAAGACGUCAAAAACCGCGAGCUCCUUUGCGACACCGACCGAGCUGCACCACCAGCACCUUAGCCCCAGCCAGACCCAACCUCCGGCUCAGAACUAUGCUGCGACCGGACGUCGACCCGCCGGUACGAGACUGUCGAGCGAGCCGACCAACGUCCGCAUGACAAACCAAGGCGUCGAGGCCCCCAAGGGCAGGAAAGGCUUGCCCUUUCUAAAAAACCCCAUGUCGACCCUGCUCAUGCGAAGGAAAACAAGCCAAAAUGCGCCAGACUUGUCACCAUUGCCUCUUGGUGGGAACAGACUAGGAGAGCCGUCUUACGACCCCCGUAUAAGAGGUACUAGGGUCCACGAUUUCAGCGCACCGCGGCCGAGAAAGAGCCUCCCGAAUCAUGAUCAGCCUACUCCUCCAGCUCCUGUGGCGCCUGCCACGAAACCACAACCACCUAUACCCGAAGAAAGACUGGAUUUAGGCCCCACGCUAUCAAGAGAAAGCGCAACAUCUACGCUGGUCUUCCAACAAGGAAGGAAUGUUAGCAGCGCUUCCGAUUCCGAUCGCUCAGGCUCUGUCAGCGUAAACUCCCAUACCCCCGCAGGAUCUGGCAGUGUUGCGUCUACCAAGACGAGAAGCAGCUUGAACCUCGAGUCCAAGCCUCUUCCCGAGGUUCCUCCCCAGAAAUCUACUGCACCGUCUUCGCGCUCAGCUUCCAUUGUCUCCAAGAAGCCCUCUGUCAGUGCUGCGUCAAUCCUGUCCAAGACGGCACCAUCCACGAGAACGAACCAUUCGAGACACGCCUCUGCGCCUGGCCAAGAUGUGCUCUCCUCCGUGCCACGUCACAUGAAGAGUACGUCCUCUAGGUUCAGCUUCGACAUGGUCGGUGCUGCCAAGCAGGAAAAGCUACUUGAAGAACGUCACCGCCAGCGAGAGCUGGAGAGAAAAACGUCCGACCCCAAUCCGAACCGCGAUUCCCGGUUCGAUGAUUUUGAUGACGACUUUGAUUACGAUGCAAUGAUGGAUGAUGACGGGCUGGAGGAGCCAAUUCCCAUGAGCAACGAUUUCGACGAUGACUACCCGUAUGAGGAGGACUUUGAUGCAGCUGGCACAGAUCCCUUGGGUCUGCAAGGCGAGGAAGACUUCGAUGCGGGUGGGACCGAUCCCCUGGGUCUUGAUGUGGUCCCAGAAGUUGAAAUUGAAGUUGACGACGAGGACGAGAUGGAUCCCGAUAACGACCAAGAGAACUUUGCCGGUUUUGUUUUUCAGCGGUCAAAUCCAGUAUCUGCACUCACGAGUCCACACAGCGCGGGGUUGGCCUUGACUCCAAGAGAUGCUGAUGGUAGGGUGAUUGGAUUUGCUGUCUCGAUGGACACUAUGGAUUCGCAACCAUCUCAGUCGCCAGACAUAUCUCCUGAACAAAUGGCGGAACCGAGCAUGACGAACCCAGUUUCCGAGCUCUCCAUGAAUAAUCUGAAGAUAGACGAACAGAAGCCUCAGGACGAGAUGGCACAACAGUACAACCAACAGUUGUCACCUGUCGAAGUGCCACCUCCACCUCCCAAGAAGGACGAUUUAUACUUCGAUAGUGGACUCCUAGACGAACUUGACUUUGCUGGAGAAGGCGACGGUUCAAAAUUCGAUGAGUCACUUUUUGAUUUAGAUGAUACAGAUCGAUAUGGACGUCCCAUUCCCGGUGCGUUCGCAAAGGCACAGGCUGCUCAUGCCGCAGCCCAAGUUGCGGCCGCGUCGAUGCAAGAAAACGCCCACCAGGAAGGUGUUGCACCUCAGAGCAGCAAGAGAGUAUCGGAUAGCACUUCUCGACUAUCGGCUCAGUCCAACACCUCGCAAUCAACUGCUCACACUUCGUUGAGUGUCGACAUGCCGGCUGCGUCUACCGAAGAGUCCAAGAGGCAAAGCGAGUCUCUCGGGCAGGAUCAAGCAUCCUCUGCCACGAUAUCGGGUUUCUCCGACACAGAACAGCAUAAAAUGGAGGCUUACCAGGCCGCUUUGGCCGCAGCUGCAUUCGAAGCUGCUGCCAACGGCAAGUUCCGACGAAACUCUUCACCCCCUCCAAGUGAAAUAAUGUCACCUGGUGACGAGUCUUCACACAGCCUGCCUCCCCACGACGACUACGAUUUUGAUGACUACAAUGACAACGGAUUCCGCGAGGACCUCGACGACUACGACAUGGAUUAUGACGAUUUUAUCGCGGAGGCGAACGCUAGCGCCCUUGCCAAUGAUCAAGACGGCUGGUAUGGUCAGGAGUUUGGGUUUUACUCAGCUCCCAUUGAGGGGCGUCACAGCAGAGACAAUUCGAAUGGGUCAGAUGAGAAACCGUUCGAGUACUCGAAUGGUGGUUUCUUUGGCCCAUCAGGGAUCUCUCGAAGCAAGUCUGGCCACAUGAUCUCACGCGAGCCCAAUCUCACGCCCAUCACGGAACGCUCUGAGUACUCCAAUCGUAAUUCGAUCAUGAGCUUGGCCGUUCCACCCGGUUUGGGCUCCGGCCCGUCGAGCCUUCAGAGUCCGGGGCUGGCACAACUCGCAAUGAUGGCAGAUGCUGACGACAACAUGAGCCUCUCUGCGCUCAUGAGGCUGCGCUCCAAAGCAUGGGGUGGAUCUCAGGCAAGUUUGGUCUCGAGUCGCGAGGGCUCGCCCAGAUCUGAGAGAGGAGACGGCGCAAGCUCGCCUUGGGGCCCGGCGCCGAGCAAUAACAUAUUGGGCAUCCACAAUGGUCAUGCCCGCAAGAAUUCGUCGUUUUCGGUGAGAAGCCGCGACGUGGACUCAUCGGACGCGGGGAGCCCCUCGGGUUCGCCAACGCUGACCCUGUCCAUGCCUGUCAUGGGCUCGCCGGCGCCUCCGCUUCCUCCGCUGAGCUCAGCUAGCCCGUCAGCUGGUGUAAACUCUCCACACUUUACCCAUAGCUCCUCAUUUGAGCCGGUGAUGGAGUCUAAUGAAGUUGGUGGGAUGUCGAUUUCCAACACCAUCUCUCACUCAGGCCUGUGGAUGAAGAGUCCUGACAGCGCGGUGCAUCCCAACCUGGUACCUAGAACCGAUCCAACGCCUCAACGGAGGCCCGGCAUGGGACAUAAACACAAAGGAUCUGCAGAUAGCAUUUCUUACAUUAAAGAGGAGGACGAAGGCGAAACCAGAUGGGUCUUAGAGAGACGCUUCACCGCCGAUAGUGGAGAGGUGGAAGUGCAACGAGAGGUGGUGGGCAAAGGCCACAUUUAG